AUGGAGGUUGCUGUUCCAGCAGUCCUCAUUGCACCCCAUAGGAUUUCACUUACUCCUCAGCUGGAGACUAUAUUUGAAGAAGAUGAUUUUGAGGAUUCUGAUUUUCAAGAACUAUUCUCUUUCCCUAAAGAUUUGAGUAAUGAAUGGUGGGAUCUUUGUGCGGGACCUCAUGUUGAAACUACAGGAAAGAUUAACAAAAAAGCUGUUGAGCUUGAAUCUGUUGCUGGUGCUUACUGGAGAGGAGAUGUUAAAAAACCAAUGCUCCAAAGGAUUUAUGGCACCGCAUGGGAGAAUGAGGACCAAUUAAAAGCAUACCUUCACUUCAAAGAAGAAGCUAAACGGCGUGAUCAUCGGAGGCUUGGCCAAGAUCUUGAUCUCUUCUCCAUACAGGAUGAAGCUGGUGGAGGCUUAGUGUUCUGGCAUCCCAAAGGAGCUAUUAUUAGGCACAUAAUAGAAGACACUUGGAAAAAGAUUCAUAUGGAGCGGGGUUAUGAUUUACUCUAUACUCCCCAUGUAGCUAAGGCAGAUCUUUGGAAGAUUAGCGGUCAUCUGGACUUCUAUAAAGAGAAUAUGUUUGAUCAGAUGGAGAUUGAGGAAGAGCUUUAUCAGCUUCGGCCAAUGAACUGCCCUUAUCAUGUAUUGGUCUAUAAGAGGCAGUUACACUCUUAUCGGGAUUUUCCAAUCAGGGUUGCAGAGCUUGGAACAGUGUAUAGAUAUGAGUUAUCUGGAAGCUUACAUGGCCUUUUCCGUGUAAGAGGUUUUACUCAGCUCUUAGCUUGGUCCCAAAAUUUCGCCUUGUGCUCUUUGCCUGUCAAACCUUUCUUGCAAAUUAUGCCCAAUGCAGAAUUGAAUGCAUUUUUCAUCUUCCCCAAAUGGUAUAAGCAGAAUUUCUGGAAUAUUUGUAAGUCUGAAAUCUGA